AUGGCUGGCCAGGUCGUCAUAUACGAAUUCGUUGUCGAUGACGAUGUUUAUUAUGAAGAUGAAGUAGUCGGUGAAGAAAUUGAUUUUUCUGAAGGUAGUUGUGUUCGGAAAAAAAUCAAGGAAAUUGAUAGUUUUAUUUUUCCAGAGAUGAAUAGCGAUUUACGACUUACAAUAUAUCCACAUCAACGAAAAUUGAAAACUUUUCGAAAAUCCGGGAAAAAUCAAAUUGUUAGGCAAAGUGCAAAAAUCGAUAAUAUUUUGGAUUUGAGUUUUGAUGUUGAGAAAACUGUGAAAUUGGCGAAUUUUGAGAAUAAUCACAUAGAAAUUGAUAAUGAAACGGCAACAUUGGAGAAUUCAAAUGUAGAUGGAAAUUCGGAUAAGCAAGAUGAUGAAAAUGUAGGAAUUCUGUAUUAUUUUUCAUAAAAAGCUCGCGAAAAAUUGCAGCUAACUCCACUUCCCAACAAAUAUUUCGCAAGUCGCGGAACUGGCAACGCCGAAAGUGUCGGAUUUGUUGCAAUGGCGAUUUUCUGCGAAAAAUGCUCGUUUUGUUUUGGCACCAAGAAUGAUUUCAAGAAACAUUGCGAAUUGCAUGAAAUUACAGAAGAUCCGCUUAAAUUAUUGUGAGCAUUUUGGCUGCGUACACUUGGCGUAGUAUCUAAUUAAUAGCGAGAAUUGUCCACAUUAGAUACUCAGCCUCGAAUAGUACGCAGCCAAUUUAUCGAUCGAUUUUUUGCAGACCUCGAACUCGCACUUUGUGCCCAAUUGAAAAUUGUGAAGUUGGUGCAGAUGGUAUGGCGACUCUAGUUGAACACGUCAGAAUUUCGCAUGAUCGACCAAAUUUGUGUUUCGAAUCUAUAGAAUUCCAAAAUUUCGAGCAAUUUACGGUGGGCAUUUGAACUUUUUUAAUUUGGCGUCAAAAAUUUGAUAGAUUUUUUUCUAGAAAUGGAAAUCAGAAAUGGAACGAUUGACAAUAUCGAAAUAUAUCAGAACUUCGUCGAAGAAAAAUGUUUUCAGCAAAUCCACGUGGGUUUAUUGAUUUGUUGACUGAUUGUGAGAAAUCAAAAAUUAAAAAUUUCAGCUAUUAUCGAUGUAAUUUUUCUGGCACUUCAUGUCCAAUAAAAUUAAAUGAGAAACGGAAAAGAUUGAGCACAAAAAUGGGUCGGACUUGCACAGCAUUUUUUCACACAAAACAGAAGGAAAAUGGGUGAGCGAGUUUUUAAAUGAAGAAUUCAUUAAUUGAAUACCCAGCCACGCAGGUAAGUAUACUAAUUUAUGAAUUUAUUCUGCAGUAAAGUCUUGUUGCGCGGUUGUCUUCAACACGUCGGUCAUGAUCAAGAUAUUCGAAAAAUCCCGAUAUCCAAUGAAAUUAGAAAAGAAAUUGCAACUUAUUUGUUGGAAGAUUUGUCGGAACAAGAAAUUGUCGAUUUGUUGAGAGGUACAGUGAAUUUUCACUCUUAAACCCACGUGGAUUUUGGCACCAAAAUUUAUUGAUUUUUUUGCACAGAAAACAGUCAACCAGAUGAUCGUCGACAUUAUAUUCAAUUAUAUGAAGUUCGAAAUAUUCACAAUAAAAUAUUGAAAAAUCGCAGUAAUUUGGAUGAAUAUGAGAUUGAGAUUGAAAAAGCCGAGAUUACGGUAUGUUUUUUGGCGCGAAAAUUUUGAAUUUAAAAAUUUGUUCAUCUCCAAAACCAUUUUUCAGACCGUUCCACCGUAUUCUGCAAUCGAAGAAGUUUCGACUGAAAAUCCAGAUGAAUCCCAAUUUUUGCCGCAAGCUACGGUUGACAUAACAAAUUGUAAAGCAUUGAAGCCUUGCGAAUUCACUAAGCGGGUAAUUUUUUGAUAAAAACUUUGAAAUUUUGAGCUGAUUUUUUUUCAGAAAUACGAUAUAGACACCGGACUUCCAGUCACAAGAGGACCAAACCCCAAAAAUAUUCGAAAAAUUUGA